AUGGAUAUGCCGCCGCCGAUCAUGCACGACAGUGACCGUUACGACUUCGUUCGUGAUAUCGGAUCGGGAAAUUUCGGCGUCGCUAGACUCAUGACUGAUAAACUCACCAAAGACCUUGUUGCUGUCAAGUACAUCGAACGUGGAGACAAGAUUGAUGAAAAUGUUAAGAGAGAAAUAAUCAAUCACAGGUCUCUAAGACAUCCUAAUAUUGUUAGGUUUAAGGAGGUCAUUUUAACACCUACUCAUCUGGCCAUUGUAAUGGAAUAUGCAUCUGGAGGAGAAAUGUUCGAUCGAAUCAGCAAAGCGGGGCGUUUUACUGAGGAUGAGGCUCGUUUCUUCUUUCAACAACUCAUAUCCGGGGUCAGCUAUUGUCAUUCAAUGCAAGUAUGUCAUCGAGAUCUGAAGUUGGAAAACACGUUGUUGGAUGGAGACCCAGCACUUCAUCUGAAGAUUUGUGAUUUUGGAUACUCCAAAUCUUCGGUGCUUCAUUCACAGCCAAAGUCAACUGUGGGAACUCCUGCUUAUAUUGCUCCAGAAGUACUUCUGAAGCAAGAGUAUGAUGGAAAGAUUGCCGAUGUCUGGUCAUGUGGUGUAACCUUAUACGUGAUGCUAGUGGGGUCAUAUCCUUUUGAAGAUCCCGAUAAUCCGAAGGAUUUCCGGAAGACAAUUCAGAGGGUUCUCAGUGUCCAGUAUUCCGUACCAGACUUUGUUCAAAUAUCUCCUGAAUGUCGCGACAUUAUAUCAAGAAUCUUUGUUUUUGACCCUGCAGAGAGAAUCACCAUUCCAGAAAUAAUGAAGAACGAAUGGUUCCGAAAGAAUCUUCCUGCUGACUUGGUGAAUGAAAAUAUAAUGGAUAACCAAUUUGAAGAGCCAGAUCAGCCUAUGCAGAGUAUGGAUACGAUCAUGCAGAUAAUUUCAGAAGCUACCGUACCAGCAGCUGGGAGCUAUUAUUUUGACGAGUUUAUCGAAGUGGAUGAAGAUAUGGAUGAAAUAGACUCUGACUAUGAACUUGAUGUAGAUAGCAGUGGUGAGAUUGUAUAUGCCAUAUAA